CAGUAUGUCAAUUGGAAUUGCAUAUAUAGCAGAACAUUUCUGCAAGCUUUUGAUUUUUUCUAUCCGAACUCAUUCAUUUACCAUUUCUUAUUGUCCACAUCAAUAUGUCGUUCCGGUCUUCUGAUAUUUCGGAUCUCAGCGGCCAAGUCAUCAUUGUGACAGGAGCAAACGUUGGCCUUGGUCUUGAGACUGUAAAACAGCUGAGCACACACAAUGCAGCCCGCAUCUAUGUCGCUUGCCGAUCAAAAGAUAAAGCCGUCGCUGCCAUCGAAUCAAUCGAUCGGGAGGUUCCAAACGCCAGCCCACUCGAGUUCCUGAAUCUCGAUCUUGCUUCAUUCGACAGUAUCAAAGCAGCAGCUGCCGAGUUUUCCGCCAAAGAGUCUCGCCUCGACAUUCUCAUCAAUAAUGCCGGCAUCAUGAUGGUCAAGGAAGGCUUGACAAAAGAAGGUUACGAGAUUCAGUUUGGAACGAAUGUUAUCGGAACGGCGCUUUUCACGCAACUCCUCUUGCCAAAGCUCCGAGACACGGUCAGAAUCAACCCUCAGACCCGGGCUGUGAUUCUCUGCUCUGCCGCGCAUUCACAGGCGCCAUCGGAUGCUUACCAGUUUGACAAGCUGAAGACGACUAUGAAAGACAAGCAUACAACAGCACGGUACACAACGUCAAAGCUGGCGGACAUACACUACGCUAAAGCGCUGGCCGCAAGAGAGAAGGCCGUCCGCAUAAUUCCCGUUCACCCCGGCAUGGUGGCAACGAAUCUUCACCACGCCUCUACAGGCACAUUUCUUAAACCCUUUCUCAAUGUCGCCGUCGGAUUCUUUGUAACGCCAGUAGAGAAGGGGGCGAUCUCUCAGAUAUGGGCGGCGGUGAGCCCUGCAGCGCAGUCUGGGCAAUAUUAUGGCCCCGUUGGGAAAGUAGAAAAGGGGUCUAAACUGGCGCAAGAUGGUGUAUUGCAGGAGAAGCUAUUUCGAUGGGUCCAAAAUGAGCUCAAGGGUCACGCCGACGUCUUUGAAUGACCCUGGACGCCAUUUAAUGAUAUCUAAGAUUUCUUUUAGCAAACGCAUUACAGUUUAAUUGUUGCGCAGAACUGAAUUACUUGAAAUUUG